AUGAGUGUGCCGCAGGCGAACAGUGUGUUUGUUACGAAGAUAAUAUUUUUUUACGGCAUUCCGCAGCUUGCGCCUAAUAAGGCUGCAAAGGAAAAUAAAAAAUUAGAUUCCGAUACCGGGAGUCGAACCCGGGUUUGCUCGGUGAAAGCGAACCGUGCUAGCCGUUACACUAUAUCGGAUAUUGUAUAUUGA